AUGACCGGCGAUAGAACACCUAAGACAAGUGAGGUAUACUGUUUGCAUUGUGGAUUUGAAACUUUUGUCUCUUUCUUGCUCUCUCUCUCUCUCUCUAUUUCUCGCACUUGUGUUUCUCUCUCUCUCUCUCUCUCUCUCUCUCUCUCUAUCUAUCUAUCUAUCUAUCUAUCUAUUUAUCUAUCUAUCUCUGUGCGUGCAUUUAGUUUGGGCAUAACAAUCAAAAUUCAUUGCUCUAUUGAAAGCAGUUACCCGUACCUGGAAUGUGAUAAGACUUCCAAAAGCUCACGCUGUCUAAAAAGUAACAAGAAAAUCGAUCAAGCAGCCGACCCUCAACCAGCAUUUGUUUUGCAUUGUCUUUCUUUCCCUAAUUUUUCUCUUCUUAUCAUCGAUCUACUUCUAUGCUCUUUCUCCUACUUCUCUUUCUUCGUUUGUUAUAGUUAUCCGUUUAUUCUCAUCUGUUUUGUACAAUUUCUCUUUUCUCAAACACCUCCAUUUAUGUUUUGUACAUUUUCUUCUCUUCUUCAACUUUUUUUUCCUUUCCUCGCCGAUUUGUGCAUUUUGUUCUUCAUCCUCCUUUUCCUUCGUUAA